AUGAGACUUUCCGUCGAUCCUCCUUCCACUCAUGGGCCGAAACGAGCCUGGGCGAGCACCAGCCUUCUUGUCAGCUUACUCUUCGGUGUCGGUCUUCUCCAAUUACUUUUCCCCCGUGCCGAGGCUCUCGUGGCACCGACUGAGCAGCACUUCCUGAGCAACGACAACGGUGCUGUCGCCCCAAAGAGUAUCCUGGGUGUUCGUGCUGAGUACGAUCUAUCGUCCCGGCUUAUCAAAGCGGAGAUUAUCCCGACCGUCAUUGACGACUUUCUCCCAUCUCUUACUGUCAACAUCACGUGGCUGUCCGACGAGACCGCCAACCUAGGCAACACCGUCAAACCGAAAAAGCUGAAGAAGGCACCUUCGAUUCACCUCAAUGAUGAGCCGACUUCUGCUUCCGUCAUGAGUCCUUGCAAAUCGAAUAUGACAUAUGUUCUUGCAAUGACCGACCCAGAUGCUCCAUCUCGCGACAAUCCGGAGUGGGCUGAGUUCUGCCACUGGAUUGUUGCCGGCAUUCCCCUCUCUAGUCCAGACGCUUCUUGUGUCGAGUCUCCAAGCUCUGCUGAUGGUCGAGCUCAUGCCGAAACGGCGGCCAGUGGGCUGAAGGAAAUCAUGGAAUACUACCCACCAGGCCCUCCGCCGAAGACAUGGAAGCAUCGAUACGUAUUCAUAAUAUUCGCGCCUACGAACAGCACGAGCCAGCCGUUGGACUUGACCAAACCGAGGGACCGCAAGAACUGGGGUACCGGGGAAGAACGGCAUGGCGUUAGGCAAUGGGCCAAAGAGAAUGGUCUUACUCCAGUUGCUGCCAACUUCAUCUACUCUCAAAACAAGAAGCAGUAA